UGCACCAUGGGUAGUAAGUUGUAGACGCUUCGCAGGCAGCCAGCAAAAUCAAGCCUCCGCCAUUUCAGCCUUUGAUAGCUAGCUACAAUGGGUUUCUGCAUUAUCUGAACCGUAAAUCGUUCAAUUCGGUUGAAGAAAGCCGACCUUCAGAGAAGGCAAAACGAGUCUGCUCAAAAUUCACGGCAAAGAGCGAAAGGGGCGAAAGAUGGCCGUUGACAGACGAGACGAGAAAGAAGGGGAGUUAAAUGUCCUUGAGGACAUACUCACUGAAGCCCCUGACCAAGACGACGAGCUGUACAACCCAGAAAGCGAACAUGAUGUUAAUGAGAAGAAAGGGUCGAAAAGGAAGAAUGACCGCGUUGAUAACCAGGAGUUGAAACGCCUGAGGCCCUCUGGACACUCUGCUAGACAGGCCUCGAAAAGACCGCUCUCGUCCGCUGGAGCCAGUGGCAAAAAGCCUCUCGGCACGAGAGGCCGACACCCCGGCGAAUACAAAAGCGAGGAGUAUUACGAAGACAGGAAACCGCAGCCCAUGAGAGCUGGCAUGUCCAGAGGUGACCCCGGCAAAGUGCAUAACGACAAGCCCAUGGUCCGCAGGAGAGAGCCCGACCGGAGGAUCAAGCCCCUGAUGCCUGAUUUGUCAGAGAAGCGCCGGAGGACCAGCGAGGAGAGCAUCGGCAGGGCGAGCCCCGCGUCCAAGGAGGAGGCCAACUCCGAGGAGUACGUCACCGACCAGGAGACGGGCAGCACGGCCGGCUCCUCCGACGGCAACGAGUCCAACCUGGACGACGAGGACGUGAUGGAGGAGGAGGAGGAGGGCGAGAAGGGCCCGGACGACGAGGAGGAGGAGGUGGACGAGGAGGAGGACGAGGAGGAGGGCGAGGAGGACGACGAGUACGAGCUGGAGGAAGGCGACCGGCGGGGAGGGAACGAGCCGAACGAUUACGACACCCGGAGCGAAGCCAGCGACUCCCAGUCCGAGUCGGUCACCUUCUCCGAUGGGGAGUCGGUCCGCUCGGGCUCGGGGUCCGACGCCUCAGGUUCUGAAAAGAAGCACGACAAGCUGUCCUCCUCAGUCCGAGCUGUACGCAAGGGUAAGGAGAAUCAGACCAGCAAGCUGAAGUAUGUUCUCAGAGAUGCGAGAUUCUUCCUGAUCAAGAGCAACAACCACGAGAAUGUCUCCCUGGCAAAAGCUAAGGGUGUUUGGUCUACGCUGCCUGUGAACGAGAAGAAGCUGAACGCCGCUUUCCGCUCAGCCAGAAGUGUCAUCCUCGUGUUCUCCGUGAGGGAAAGUGGAAAGUUUCAAGGUUUUGCCCGGCUGUCGUCUGAGUCGCACCACGGCGGUUCCCCCAUCCACUGGGUCCUGCCGGCAGGAAUGAAUGCCAAGAUGCUCGGCGGCGUCUUUAAAAUUGACUGGAUUUGCAGACGCGAGUUGCCAUUCACCAAAACGGCUCACCUCUCGAACACGUGGAACGAACACAAGCCUGUGAAGAUCGGCCGGGACGGACAGGAGAUCGAGACGGAAUGCGGCAUGCAGCUCUGCGUGCUUUUCCCCCAGGACGAGAGCAUUGACUUGUAUCAGGUUAUUCAUAAAAUGCGUCACAAGAGGAGGAUGCCGUCCGAGCCGCGCUCUCGAGGACGGCCACCGCACCGAGAGCCGGCGCGCGACCUGGGAAGGCGUCGGCCAGAGGAAUUUGACAUUCACAACAGGAAACGGCCACGGAUUGACUAUCCACCCGAGUUUCCCCAAAGACCAGGUUUUAUACAGGACCCACGCAACCCGCCUGUGGACAGGCGGUUCCCUGGAGUCCGAAGAGACGUGUUUCUCAACGGGUCCUACAAUGACUACAUGAGGGAAUUCCAUCACAACAUUGGACCGCCACCUCCUUGGCAGGGAAUGGCCCCAUACCCAGGAAUGGAGCAGCCCCCUCAUCAUCCUUACUACCAGCACCACCCACCUCCACCCCAGGCCCACCCGCCCUAUUCUGGCCAUCACCCAGUCCCUCACGACGCCAGGUUCAGAGAAAAAAGAGUCGUUCGCUCCUUUUCAUCCAGCCUGCAUGACUACGACAUGCGGGUCGAUGACUUCCUGCGGCGCACGCAGGCGGUGGUGACUGGCCGCCGCAGCCGUCCUCGCGAGCGGGACCGGCAGAGGGAGCGAGACCGGCCCAGAGACGUGCGUCGAGGCGACCGAGACCGUGGACGCGAACGGGACCGGGAGAGAGACCGGGUUCGAGACCGCGAACGAGAGAAGGAGAGGGGCCGCUAUCGGAGAUAGGCAAAAAGAUUCCUGUGAAACUGUCGUUUUGCUUUUAUGUCAUCUUUUUUUUUAUUUUUUAGAGCUGAACUGUACCUUCUCCGUGAGUAAUUGUACUUUUCUACAUUAUGUUGUCCUAAACUGAUGUGUAUCAUGCAUGCAGUGUUACUAUACUGGCAGACAACAACCGAAAUGCCUAUUUCAGUUUUAUUUCAUCACACAUUUUUGAGAAUUGGUUUAAUAUGGUAAAGUAUUUUUUUUCUGCACAAGUUUGACAGUUCUGACAGUAAAGUGUUUGCCAAUCUUGUAUGUUUUGAAUCAGAGGGACUGUUUGACUGCACGAGCCCACAGUGUGUCUGUGUUGUUCCUAAUUGUACAUGGUUGUAAUAGUUGAAAUGAAAAGGAUUUAGGCAAGUUGGUUGAAGGGGUUUUGAGCUGUUAGAAAAUGGCAGUGUUGUAGCAACUUCCCCUCUUGCUGUCCUUUUUGUUUCAUGCCAUGUCUAUUUUUUCUAGUGUUUGAGCAGAAGCUAAAGCAAUGUUGUCAUGUCUCUGAAUCUACUUCAAACCAAGGCUCAAAUCAGUGCUAUAAAGCUUUGUUUUGUUUUUGUUUUGUUUUUUUGAACCUGCAAUGUAGAGAUGUGGUCGAAGGGGAGAAUGUCUCUUAAGGUCCGUUUUGUACAAAAAAAUAAACAUGAAAUUGUGUAUCCUUG